UUAACCAGAAAGCACUCCACUUCCUGUACACACAACUCCACAUGGAUUUCACAAUCGCUGUACUCUAAAUGGAUUUCUGAACUGCGUUUCACUGGCUGCAUCAGAAGGGAGUAUCAUUUGAAGGAGUAACAGGAUACUGGGACUGUUUGAUUCUCAGCCUUCACAGACUGUAAAUCACAUUAAUUCUUGUGAAACCACCGGUUCAACCAGCUAAACUUCAUAUGAGCAGAAGGUGGAUGUUUUUAAGAACCUUUCCUCUGACGAAUGUGCAGAAUCCAUGACAAUUUAGUGAAAAAGUGACAACAGAUUAUCACUGUAAGGAGGAUUACGAUGAUCACAUGGAUCCUACUGGUCUCACUGGUCUGCGUGAGCACACAAGAUAGAAAUGGACAAGAUAAAGGUGUAUUGCAUCACAACUCUCAUAAUCAGACAAUGAUCAACUCCGACUGGAGGAGCCCUUUAGUGGGGGAAGAUGACCCUUCCCACAGACAGAAAAGACACAAUAAUGAAGUUGCUGUGACACCUGACCAGACCGUGUCCUAUUUGCCAGUGGACUGUGCUUCCAUCCAAUCAAUCACAAACCAAAAUAGCCCACAGACUGUUCAAGGGCAGAAACUCCCAAAUUCAAACCACGUUUUUCCACAGGAGAGGUGGUUUGUGGUUGGCAGCAGAGCCACCUUCUGCUGUGUUGUGCCAGAAGGGCAAACUGUUAUUGAUAUGUAUCUGGUUAAAAAACCUGCAGAAGAUGAAUAUGAAACUGGAGGUGGAGGUGGAUAUGCUCGAAAGAACAUAACCAGGAUCAGCAAUCAGAUAUAUGCGUUGACUGUGGACCUGAGCUGGCCAUCAGUUAACUCUUGCACUGAUGUGAAAUGUAAAUCAGAUACAAAGGAAUAUGGGACCUGUGCUUACAUCGGAUAUCCUCCUUCUGUUAGGGACCUUCGGUGUGAAACUCAAGAUCUGCAGUCAGUCAAAUGCCGCUGGGAAACACAACGAGGCGAACUACUACGCUACACUAACUUAGCUGUUUAUCUGCUGGGAAGUAAAUGUGAAGGUGGAACUAAGCGAGAAUGUUCUAAAAGUGUCCAAUGGGAUGCUGGUGAGAGGAACUGGACAUUAACAGCCCGAAAUAACUUUGGUGUCGUCGAAAUCACAGACAAAGCAGACCUGACUCAAAGAGUGCACAUGUUUGCUCCUCGGGAAGUGACAGUGUCAUCUAUAAAUGCCAGAAAUGUCAGUCUGAAGUGGAGAUGGGAAGUCCCACAGUACAGUAAACUUAAUAUAACAUGCCAAAUACACCUCACUGAUGGUAGAACAAAGAACAGGGUUUUGCAGAGUGGAGUAGGUCUUCAUUUUGUAGUUUUGAAAGGAUUGAUACCACAUUGGGAUUACACUGUGAAGGUACGAUGUGGAACAGCACAACAUUUCUAUAAAUGGAGUGACUGGAGCAAUGGUGUCAACUUCCGUACAAACAGUGAUGUUCCAGAUGCUCUUGAUGUAUGGAUGCAGAGAAAGGACAGACAAACUGAAAUAACCUGGAAGAGGCUACAGCCCAACCAGACUCAUGGGCAGAUCAUCGACUAUGAAGUGACAUGGGCAAAAACCUCACAGAGAGAACCACAGAGUAAAACCAAGGUGCCUCACCCUGAGCACAGUAUCAUACUCAGCUUGGAUGUGUCUGAGGAGUAUGUCGUCACAGUUACAGCUAGAAAUAGAAACGGCAGCUCAUCUCCAUCAAAAAUUGCCAUUUCCAGUUUCAGUCAAGACCAAACCAGUGUGAACAUCAGAAAGAUUAAUGGUGUCAAUGGUGGCUUCAGACUGUCCUGGUCUCCCAGUCUCAAAGCCAGCUGUGGAUACAUAGUGGACUGGUGUCCUGCAUCAGGAAACUGCAGUGUGGAGUGGAUGAAAGUUCAUUCAAAUGACACACAUGCACAUAUAACUUCAAAAAACUUUAAAGAUGGACAUAGAUACAUGAUGUCCAUAUAUGCCUGCACCUCUGGAGCACCAGUGUUACUAGAGAGAAGACAAGGCUACGUCAGAGAAAAGGAACCAGAGGGACUUUUUAAAAAUCUGAGAUUGAAACAGCAGAACACAGAUGUUGUGAUAUCCUGGGACCCUAUAGCUCUAAGAGAACAAUCUGCUUUCAUCCUGGGAUAUAUUCUGUAUUGUUCAAAUGCCAGAGGAGUCAUCACUGUCCGCACAGACAAGCCUGAGGCCACCAGCCUGACAGCAACAAACCUUGAAAUCACCCCCUACAGCUUCACAGUGAAAGCAGUGACCGCUUUAGGAGAAAGUAGCUCCACAACAAUUGAUGCCACCUUGAAUUCUUUGACUGAUAAUUUGGUCGGUGCAGUCAUCAUUUCCCUCAUCACUACUUUCAGUCUUCUUUCCCUCGUCACAUUUCUUUGCUACAGACACUGGGCCUGUAUCAAAAAUACAGUCUAUCCUCCAAUCCCAAAGCCUGUGUUGGCAGGAACGUGGUUGAUGUCACCGGAUGAACUCCAGGUGGCGCCAUAUGCCCAAACAGAACUAGACAACUUGGAUAUUCCAGAGCUGCACUGUAAAGCAGCCUUAACACUGGAUGGUUUUGUCAGACAAGAUGACGGGCCUUUAGUUUUUUCACAAACUCCCAAGGGUUACUACAACCAGCCCCUGAAGAAAUACACCCCACCCCUCCUCAUUAUGCCUCCUACAGUCAUGUCUUCUCAGUUACCACCUUCAACAUUCAAAGCUGUUUUCCCUAACCCAUUGUAUAACUUACUAGCACAGGCUGAGGAGCACCAGCCAGACUCUGGACCUGAGCAUCAGGAGGACACACCUUCACUGGAGAUCUGCAGCGAAUACCAGCCUCAGAGUCAAGUAGAAACCUUCAGUUUAAACACGACUGAGGAGGAUCGAGACAGUCCUAUCUCCUGUGUUACCACUUACAUUGUAUUACCACAUCCAUCUGCUGAAUAGCUAGAGCAUGACCAUUGUGACUAUAUAAAACAGGAACUGACACAUGAUGGGAGAUAAUUCUGCAAACAAACAGGACUGUGAUGUAAAUAAAACCCAAAGCAUGUUGUAUUAAAUGUAAAUAGUUUCUUUUAGAGGAAACACAUCUUGUGUAAUAUCCACUGUUUCCCAUAAAGCUGUAAUCAUUUAGUUUUCAGAUACAUUCCUCUUUUUAUUCCUAUUUAUACACAUCAGUAAUCACCUUUGGUCAGGGUGCAAUAAUUCCAUACUAAGUCCCAGUUACACUAUAUAUCAUGGAUAAAUCACAUUAUCACGAUCAUUUCAUGAGAAAAGGAAAAAAUAUUUAUUCCAACUUUAUGGGCAGCAGUGUAUAAUGAUUCCUCUAUAAAACCAAAUCAUAGAUCCAAGUUCUAUUAGAGAAUCCAUUUGCUGCUUGAGUUCAGUACCAAUCAUGAAACCCUACAGGGACUUUUAUGUAGGAAAUGUGGAGGCGGAUAAUCACUGAUUCUUAUAACUGUGAGUCACAGUGACGACAGCAGACCCGAUUACACUGACAGUGUUUCAGAGCUUGAAACUGACAAACUGUGAAUCUAACCUUUUGAAACUCAAGCACUGUUCAGAUGCAGAAAACCUUAUUGUAAUUGUAUAUAUACUUGACUAAAUGGUGAAGAUGUAAAAAAAAUUAGUCAGUAUACAUAUUUAUUUUGAUAUUGAGUUUUUUAAUGUAUUUAUCCAAAAAAAAAAAAAAAAAUUGUUAUAUUAAUUGUGUUCAAAAAUAAAAUAACUUGGAUGUGUUUGCACCACAGAACCAUGCACUUUGCAAACUAAACUAAGGCCUUGUGUCUCUGGUAUAGAUGUUCUUUUGAUUUUCGUCAUAUACUUGUGAUGGUUUCAAUCAAUGUGAUGCAUAAUGAUAUAGAUAUCAGUGUGAGUUAAAACUUUAAAUCCACUCCAGAGAUUAAAAGAUGCCAAAAAUCCACCCCAUGUCAUGUAUUUUAAUAAUCUCCCCCUUGUCCAUAAUACCAAGAGAAGAAGUUAUUUUUUUCUCCAGUUAACCACACCGUAUUAAAGGUUAACACAUUU